AACAAAAAAUUUUGAAAUCUUGCUGAGCAAGCCGAGAAAAUGGGAGUUCACGGUCUCUGGGAACUACUGGCCCCCGUCGGCCGCCGUGUCUCCGUUGAAACGCUAGCCGGAAAGAAACUCGCCAUCGAUGCGAGUAUUUGGAUGGUUCAAUUCAUGAAAGCGAUGCGAGACGAGAAAGGAGAAAUGGUCCGAAACGCUCAUUUGUUAGGGUUUUUUAGGAGAGUUUGCAAACUUUUGUAUUUAAAAACUAAGCCUGUUUUCGUCUUCGAUGGUGCCACGCCGGUUCUCAAGCGCCGCACCGUCAUCGCUCGCCGUCGACAGCGAGAAAACUCCCAGGCUAAGAUCCGUAAAACCGCUGAAAAAUUGCUUCUCAAUCACCUUAAGCAAAUGAGACUGAAAGAACUGGCGAAGGAUCUUGAGGACCAGAGGAAAAAGCAGAAGAAUAAUGCUAAGGGUAGGAAGGUUUCUUCAGAUAAGCCGUAUGAUGCCAACAUUGUGGGAUGUAAUGCUGUUGAAUUGACAAAUUCCGAUCAUGUAAACCUCAAAGAAAAAUCAGAAAUGCCUAUUCCUGCAGAGGAUGGGGGUGGCGAUGAAAAUGAAGAUGAAUAUGAAGAGAUAAUACUUCCAGAGAUUGAUGGAAAUAUUGAUCCAGAUGUUUUAGCUGCCUUGCCACAGUCAAUGCAACGCCAACUUCUUAGUCAGAAUAAUGCUAAGGAUAAGAAGAUUUUCUCAAAUGAUUUGGAUCAGUCUAACAUGGAGAGGAGUGAUGCAGAACAUGAUCCUAUGGCAUCAAGUAGUUACAAUCAGGAAAAGCUGGAUGAAAUGUUGGCAGCAUCUCUUGCGGCACAGGAAGAUAGCAAUUUAGCCAAUAAUGCAUCAACAUCAGCUGCAGCCAUCCAUUCUGAAGAGGAUGGUGAUGAAGAUGAAGAGAUGAUACUUCCAGCAAUGCAUGGGAAUGUUGAUCCCGCUGUUUUAGCUGCUUUGCCUCCAUCUCUGCAACUUGAUCUUCUUGUUCAGAUGAGAGAAAAGUUGAUGGCUGUAAACAGACAAAAGUAUCAAAAAGUCAAAAAGGCACCUGAACAAUUCUCUGAGCUACAAAUACAGUCUUAUCUUAAAACUGUUGCUUUCCGUCGAGAGAUAGAUGAAGUGCAGAGGGCUGCUGCUGGGAGAGGGGUUGCUGGUGUACAAACUUCAAGGAUAGCUUCCGAAGCCAACAGAGAAUUUAUUUUUUCAUCAUCAUUUACCGGAGACAAACAGGUACUUACAUCUGCUAGAAAAGAGAGAGAUGAAGAUAAGCAACAAGAGAUACAUUCAAAUCAUCCUUCAGGUUUUUUAAAUAGCGUUAAAUCAAUCUGUAAGUCCAAUGUGGUGACAGAAUCAGUCCCAAAUGAGCCUACUAGUGCUCCUGAUGAAGAUGUUGGGACAUAUCUGGAUGAAAGAGGCCAGGUACGUGUCAGUAGAGUGAGAGGUAUGGGGAUUCGUAUGACCCGUGAUUUACAAAGGAACUUGGAUUUGAUGAAAGAGAUUGAGCAGGAAAGAACAAAUUCAAAUAAGGAUAUGAAUGUGCAGUCUGUGCCAGAUAGGAACAGAAUUGGCACUUCAAAGAAUUCAUCUAGUGAAAACCAGUUUUUAAAAACUUCACAUGAUGGUAACUGUGAAUCUGUAAAUUUGAAUGAGAGCAACCAGCAGUCUGCGUUUAAAACUGAAGCUUGCAUGGAAAUAACUUUUGAAGAUGAUGGAAGGAACAAGUUUUUUGAUGAUGAUGAUGAUAUCUUUGCACGUUUAGCAGCUGGUGAUCCUGUAACACUACCUUCUCCUGAGAAUAAACCUUCAGGAAAGCACACUUCAGAUUCUGAGUCAGAUUGUGAGUGGGAGGAAGGUACGACUGUAGGAAAAUGGGAUGGUGUUGCUCAUUGUAUGGAUGCUGAAAAUAAUCCCUCUUAUAAGGAAAGCAAUAUUAGUGAUGAGAGUGAAGUGGAAUGGGAGGAAGAACCUUCUGAUGCUCCCAAGAGUUCCUCUGGCCCUGUUGAAUCAGGAGUAAUGCUCUCGAAAGGUUAUUUGGAAGAGGAGGCUGAUUUGCAGGAGGCAAUAAGGAGAAGUCUCACAGAUAUAGGGGCCAAAAAAUCUAAUUAUUUUCCCUCUGAAUUUGAGAAAUUAAAAAAAUUUGGAAAAAACGUGGAUGAAGGUUUUGGAUCUCCACAUGGCAAAAGUAGUAUGGAUGGACCAAGUUUCCGGGAGGGUAAAGUUAAUCAGGAUAAUAAAUCUUGUCAAAAUUUAGAUAGAGUUCAGAAGCUGUAUAGUGUGGAUGAACUAAGUAUAUCGGAAGCCUCUAAUUUUCCAGAGAGGCUGUCACCAAUAGCGCAUUCUUCUGAUAGAAAUGGGACACUAUUAUAUAAACCUUGUGAAAGAUCUGAUGGUCCCCAUUCUGAACAAUCAAGGGACAUUGCAAGCACAGUAUUAGUUACAACAUUGGAAAGGGAGGUCCAUUUGGCUCCAGGGAAACAGUCGAAUGCUUCUAAUGAGGUUGAUGGAUUGUCAACUGUCUCUAAUAGUUGGUCUAAGGAUAGUUCUCGCAGUUUAGACGUGGUACUUGAUGACCUUCCUGGUGCCAUUCUGGUUGAUAAGAAAAAUGAUUCUGAAGGUGAACCAUCUACUCUGGUCAGUGAGAAGAAAAGUGAGGUUGAAACUGAACUGUGUAGUAUGGUUGAAGAUAAGAAAAAUGAUCUUGAAGCUAAAUCAUUGCAUCAAUCAAUUGAGAUAGUUGACUCAUCCAUUCCCGUGGUGCAGUCAUCUGUGAACAAAGCAACAUCUGAUAUUCACAUUGAGCAAGAAUUAGUAGGGGAUAGAACUUACGAAAAUUAUGUCAAUGAAGCAGACCAGGAGACUGACAUGUCUAAUGUUAAGGGCAAUGAUUAUGCAGAUGUUGAAUUUACACAGGUUAGUUUGGAUGAGGAACUGCUAAUUUUAGGUCAAGAAUGUAUGAAUCUAGGAGAUGAGCAGAGGAAGCUUGAGCGUAAUGCAGAAUCUGUCAGUAGUGAGAUGUUUGCAGAGUGUCAGGAACUGCUGCAAAUGUUUGGCUUACCCUACAUUAUUGCACCAAUGGAGGCAGAGGCUCAAUGUGCUUAUAUGGAGCUAACUAACAUUGUUGAUGGUGUUGUCACUGAUGAUUCUGAUGUAUUCUUGUUUGGGGCACGAAGUGUUUACAAGAAUAUAUUUGAUGAUCGGAAAUAUGUGGAGACUUACUUUAUGCAGGACAUUGAAAAGGAGAUUGGAUUAACAAGGGAAAAGCUAAUGCGAAUGGCAUUGCUUCUUGGCAGUGACUACACUGAGGGGGUUAGUGGGAUUGGCAUUGUUAAUGCUAUUGAGGUUUUAAAUGCAUUCCCAGAAGAAGAUGGGCUUCAUAAAUUUCGGGAGUGGAUUGAGUCUCCAGAUCCUGCCAUCUUGGGGAAACUUAAUGUGCAAGAAGGAUCUAGUGCAAGGAAGAGAUGUUCAAAAUUCAGUGACAAAGAUGUCAUUAGUGCAAAAACCAGCAUGAGAGACUCUGGAAGUCCCAUUGAAGGACUGUCUUCAUUUGACCAGAAUAUUUCUCAAGCUGACAAGAACACACAGUCUACAGAUUGUAUCGAUGACAUAAAGCAGAUUUUCAUGGACAAGCAUAGAAAUGUGAGCAAGAACUGGCAUAUACCUUCAUCUUUCCCAAGUGAAGCAGUUAUUUCUGAAUAUUGUUCUCCACAAGUAGAUAAGUCAACUGAGCCUUUCACAUGGGGAAGGCCAGAUCUUUUUGUACUUCGCAAACUAUGCUGGGACAAGUUUGGAUGGGGUAGUCAGAAAUCAGACGAUUUGCUACUGCCUGUUUUAAGAGAGUACGAAAAACGUGAGACUCAAUUGCGACUGGAAGCCUUUUACACUUUCAAUGAAAGAUUUGCAAAAAUUCGUAGCAAGAGAAUUAAGAAAGCGGUUAAAGGAAUCACUGGGAACCAAUCCUCAGAGUUGAUAGAUGAUGCCAUGCAACAAGUUUCUAAAAGUAGGAAAAGGAGAAGAGUUAGCCCAGUUAAAAGUGGAGAUGACAAAUCAGGGGAACCUUCGAACUGGAAAGAGGACAUUGUUUCUCAACGUCAAAGCAAAUCCAUGGAAAAAUCAGUGCCUAAGCCAUCAAGGAAAAGGCCACCUCAGACGAGCCCUGGAAAGAGCACUCCAGAACAACCUCCACAGGCAGCUCGCAGGCGGAAAACCAAUAAACAAUCACCUGGGAUUGGAAGACGUAUAGGUCAUGGUGCGGGAAGAAGAAGGCGUAAAGCAAGCCCUGAUUUUGAGCAGUCUGAAACCAGCUCUUCUGGUGGAAAUAGUGGCAACGAUUAUCAGGAAGUUGAUGGAGAGAAGUUAGAUCGGCCACAGCAAGUGCGAAGGUCAAUGCGAACUCGAAACCCUGUGAAUUACAAUGUGAAUGACCUAGAAGAUGAGGUUGGCUUGAGCAAUAAAGAAUCAUCUUGUGAAGAGGCAAUGGAACAAGAAGCAGCUGAUGAUCUAAAUGAAGAGAAUCCUAGUGAAGUGCGAGAUCCUACUUUUGAAGAGGACUUCAGUAGAGACUAUCUUGAAAGGGGAGGUGGAUUUUGCAUGGAUGAAAAGGAAGUUGGUCACCCCGAUGAAAGCCAAGGUGUUGAUCCCACUCCUGAAGCGGAAGCGUCUAAAGAUUACCUGAAAAUGGGAGGUGGAUUUUGCAUUGACGAAAAUGAGACAUCUAAGGACCCAGAUGCUGCUUGCGACCAAGAUCCUGUCGCUGCAACUGACUCUUCUAAUGGCGUUGCUUUUACGGACAAAGCCGAUGAUAACGCUGCUUCGGCUGAACCAUCUUCCAGUCCCAAAAGAUCAUUGGAUGGACUCCAAAAUGCGUCUAUCACUGAGCUGAAUCUGGGCCAUCAAAAUGCAGCAAAUAAAGAUGAUUCCAAGGGAAGUGCGCCGCCUCAGGAGACAACCGUAAAUGAUACUGGGACGGCCUUCGUUGGUGGUCUAAGCGCAAUGCCUACCUUGAAGAGAAAGCGUAGGAAGGGGUGAACCGGAGUAUACGUUCUGGGAUGUUUGUGAAACAUUUUGGAGCCUGUAAAUUUGUAAAUUAUCCCUUUUUCUUCUUUUUUUUUUUUUUUGAACUCGUUUGUAUUAAGUUUUGCCCAGACUCUGGGCCUAUGGUCACUUCGAAAAUUCGAGAAAUAUUGAAGUAUGUUAGGACGAAAAUAUUUAUUAAGUCAA